CGCGCGGGGUGUGGGUAUAAAAGCGAUUUUUACCCAUUAUCCAACAUUACGCAUUGCGACAGCCGAACCUACCGACAUGAAUUCGCUGCUUAUGAUCGCAUGUCUACUGACGAUUGCGGCACAGGCGGUAACGAGUUCACCAGUAGACACCUCACGAUAUGCAUUCAACUAUGCAGUAAACGAUCCACACACGAGGGACAAGAAGGCGCAGUGGGAAGUCCGCAACGGGGACGCCGUCAAAGGCUCCUACUCGCUGCUCGAGCCUGACGGAGGCGUCCGAGUGGUCGACUACACAGCCGACGGCCUCAGCGGGUUCAACGCCAUAGUCAAGAAGACUGGACCUAACCUCCACCCGCUCCCGAUCUUACCGAAAAUCCCCCUCCUACACAAAGUGCCAUUGAUUGAUGUUCCACACGUUGUACCUUUAAUAGCGCCCCUGAACUACGGCUUCGGUGGUGCUCCACUCCUCCCGCAUUCUACUUCAACCAUCCUCGGACCGUACAGCCUACCGUGGGAUCCAAUAACACACUCGUUCGGCGGCUGGGCGCCAAUCACGGGCCAUGCGACUGUGUUCAGUAAAAAAUGGGUGAAAGGAAAACUAUACAAAUGGGUGACUGGUCCCAUACCUUUGACUCCGGGGACCAAAUUGGUAUUCAGAAAGAAACACUGAGAGUUAAUGGGUCUUGUUUCUUCAAUAUAGGAGAGUAUUCAAUCAAUAAUUAGGUGGUACGUAUGUUUUAUAUACCUGUUAUCACCUGAUAAAAUCUACAAACUAGGUCAGUCUACUAAGCUUCUGAGGUGUAUAUAGACGAUGUAUAUAAAUUGUAUUUAACUGUAAAUAAAAUAUUUAUACCCUA